AUGUCUCUGGCAAGCUUGUUAGCAUUGGUCGUUGUAGUGGUGGCGCUCUUCGCCCCCACUCCCUCACUCGGUUCCUACGACACUCCCGACUAUGGGAAACAACCUAGUCAUGUCUAUACACCACCCGAAAACAAUCCACAAUACCAUCCACCAUCAAAAAAGGAUCAACCCGAAUACAAACAACCAAAAAAGGAAAAACACAAAUACAAAUCACCGAAGUAUGAGAAACCCAAAGGAAAGUCACCAUAUCCACCACCAUCUUAUUCACCAUCACCUUAUUCAUCACCGCCUUAUUCAGACACACCUUAUUCAUCAGCAUCUUAUUCACCACCAAAAAAGGAAAAAAACGAAUACAAAUCGCCAAAGUAUGAGAAACCUAAAGAGAAGUCACCUUAUCCACCCCCAUCUUAUUCACCACCACCUUAUUCAUCACCACCUUAUUCAUCACCACCUUAUUCAGACACACCUUAUUCACCACCAAAGAACGAAAAACACGAAUACAAAUCGCCAAAGUAUGAGAAACCCAAAGAGAAGUCACCUUGUUCAUCACCAUCUUAUUCGCCACCAAAAUAUGAGAAACCAAAAGACAGGUCACCUCCACCAAAGAAUGGAAACUCACCUUACUAUCCACCACCAAAGGAGGAAAUCCCGCCUUACUAUGAACGAUCUUAUGGUUUGUAUCCCGCAAACACUCACCAUUGA